AUUUAAACCUAUUUUCCCCAUGAAGUGGAAAUGGCAAGAAGCAGAAGAAGGUGAUGAUGAAGGUGAUGUUUGUCAGUUGAGGAACGCAGAUGGAGGAAAGACGCAGCGAUAGACCAACACGUAGCGGCGUGCGUGCGUGCGUGCGCGCGCGCGCCGGCGCCCGUCCGCGUGUGCGCGCGCGCGUGUGGAUUAAACUCGAGUCCGCGCUGAAAGCGGCAGAAGCGGAGCGCGGGGAGGAAAAAUAGAUGCGCGUGAUCCAAGAGAUUCCAUAUUUCUGAUCUCCAUCGUGAUCAUCCGGUCCUCGCGCUCAGCGGCUCAGCUCUCAUCCAGUUCACAUGAGGGAGUUGUAUGCUUGUGCGUUCUUUCUUUCUUUCUUUUUUUUUUUUUUUUAAAUCCUCGUGCAUCCUCACGUCCAUCUUCUUCCUCUUCUUCACCAUCUCCUUCUCGAGGGGGAAUGUAGAAGGGAUGUAACUCUCGCCUGAGAUUCAGGCAUGAUCUAAUCCGGAUCCUGAUCUUCUGCUCUUCUGGAGGAAAGACGGGACGGAAAAAAAUUAAGCGCUUUAAAUUUCGUCUGAAGCAUGUGGAGGUUAUACCGCGUUAUAAUGCAGGGGUAUUCACAUCAUGCAACUUGAUAUAAUGGAAUUUCUUUCAUGAGAAUGUUUCCUGCUGCACCAAAUGGAGAAGCUUUUCCACUCUCACCUUCUUCUUCUUCUUGAGGAACACUACGGGAUUUUGACUUUUUGGGAUUUCUGAUUUUUUUUUAAAGGGCGGAUUCGUAGUUUGUUUGUUUGUUUGUUUAUUUUUUGCUCGGAGCGAAGGAUAUGGGCUGCUGCUUUAUCGGAUUCUCCAGUACAAUGGUUUUAGGAUCGGACCGGAUGGAGGAGAACCGAGCAGCAGGAGAAAAUCCGACAUGUGAGGAGAUCGAGCUGCUCUGACCCUAACCGAGCUCCUGUGCAGAGCUGACAUUACUGAUUCAAGGCAUCUGAACCCUCUUUACAAUGGAAAAGCUGCUCGUCUGCCUGUUGGUCAUCGGAAUGGCAGUGAAGGCCCAGAUCUGUCCGAAGCGCUGCGUCUGCCAGAUUUUAUCUCCCAACCUUGCAACCCUGUGCGCUAAAAAAGGGCUUCUGUUUGUGCCACCCAACAUCGACCGGCACACGGUGGAGCUACGGCUCGCAGACAAUUUUAUAACCAGCGUCAAGCGGAAAGACUUCGCCAACAUGACCAGGCUUGUGGACCUCACCUUGUCGAGGAAUACUAUAAGUUACAUCACACCUCACGCCUUCACGGACUUGGAAAACCUUCGCGCCUUGCAUUUGAACCAUAACAGGCUGACUCGGAUAGGGAACGACACAUUUAGCGGCAUGUCCAAACUGCAUCAUUUGAUUCUCAACAACAAUCAGUUGACUCACGUCCAUCUGGGAGCAUUUAAUGACCUUCUGGCUCUGGAGGAACUGGAUUUGUCCUAUAACAACCUCGAAACCAUACCCUGGGAGGCGAUUCAGAAGAUGAUCAGCCUUCACACACUCAGCUUGGACCAUAACAUGAUUGAUUACAUUCCAGAAGGCACUUUUUCCCUGUUACAAAAACUCAACCGAUUGGAUGUGACCUCCAACAAGCUCCAGAAGCUUCCACCGGAUCCUCUGUUCCAAAGGGCACAGGUUCUGGCAACAUCUGGGGUGCUUACUUCUUCAUCAUUUGCCCUCAGUUUUGGUGGAAAUCCUUUACACUGCAAUUGUGAGCUGCUGUGGCUUCGUCGAUUGAGUCGUGAGGACGAUCUGGAGACGUGCGCGACUCCGCCACACUUAUCCGGACGAUAUUUCUGGUCUAUCCCGGAGGAGGAGUUCCUGUGUGAGCCUCCUCUUAUCACGAGACACUCUCAGGAGAUGAGAGUGCUGGAGGGUCAGCGCAUAACCCUUCGAUGCAAAGCGAGAGGAGAUCCUGAACCUGUGAUCCACUGGAUAUCACCCGACGGCAAGCUGGUCUCGAAUUCCUCUCGUACCAUCGUUUACAACAAUGGGACUUUGGAUAUCUUGAUCAGCACAGUGAAAGACACCGGAUCCUUUACUUGUAUCUCUUCUAACCCAGCCGGUGAAGCACACCAAACCAUCGAACUCGUCAUUAUCAAGCUCCCCUACAUCAGCAACAGCACCAAUAACAUCCUGGAGCCGGAUCCUGGAUCCUCAGACAUCUCCACGUCCAGUAGAACUGGAGCCAAUGGAAGCAACCACACAGCAGACUCUAAAGCGAGCUCAGAUAAGCGUGUGGUGAUAGCCGAGGCCACGUCAUCCACAGCACUCAUUAAGUUCAACUUCCAAAGGAAUAUUCCUGGAAUUCGCAUGUUUCAGAUCCAGUACAACGGCACCUACGAUGACUCUCUUGUUUACAGAAUGAUCCCACCAUCGAGCAAAAACUUCCUGGUGAACAACCUGGCGGCCGGAACUCAGUACGACCUGUGCGUCCUGGCCAUCUACGACGACGUCGUCACGUCUCUCACGGCCACGCGUGUCAUCGGCUGCAUUCAGUUCACCACUGAGUCUGAGUAUCUCCGCUGUCACUUCAUGCAGUCUCAGUUCCUCGGAGGAACCAUGAUCCUGAUCAUCGGCGGCAUCAUCGUGGCCUCUGUCCUCGUCUUCAUCAUCAUCCUCAUGAUCCGCUACAAGGUGUGCAUGAGCGGCGACCGUGCCAAGGGAAGCGCCUCUGCCGGGGUGCAGCCCGACGCUCCCGGCAGUCCCUCCGCGAGUAAAGAGGGCGCCGUGGCUCCUAAGGGCGGGGAUGAGUGCCAGAAAAGCUCCGCCCCUGGGUUUCCAGAUUCCCUCACUCGGUCGUCGGAGACUUCUCUUCCCGAUUGUUCCACUGAGACGUCGGUAGUGAGCCAGAGCUGGGACACGGGCGGAUCCUCGGGGUCCAUCAAGCCAAAACGGAGACCAGCACCGAAGCCGGAGGAGAAGACCGAACCGGCGCUCGGCGCAGACACUCACAACACCAACCGCAACAACUCCAAAACACCACUCCUGCGUUCCGUUCCUCCAUCGGGCCCCGCCCCAUUGCUGCCUUCUCGCUUCAGGGAUACUCCCAUCCUGAGGAGGGCGCCGCCUCGUCCCUCUGUAUCCAAAUAUCUCACACUGCCGGCGGAGGGGGCGCGAGCUGCACCGCGCAGGUACUCGCUAAACGAAGACUUAUCCACACACCACUGCUACACCGGCAAGCCCCGGAACGCUCGCUGUAAGAGGAGUGUGUCCAUGAACGGAAUGCUGGCCAGUGUGGAAAACUCGGAUUUAGAUAAAGGCGUGUAUUCCAGUUCAGAGUGGAUCCUGGAGAGCACAGUGUGAAUAACUAGCUAGUGUCCUACAUUGUGUGUGUGUGUGUGUGUGUGUGUGUGUAUGUGUGUGUGUAAUUUUUUUUUAAUUUGUAAGAAUUCUCAUGGUCCAGCUGCUGUGUAACGUUGACAGUUAUUAGAGGUUUGCGCUCGUAGCUUUCAAACACCGUUUAUAAAAAUCCAACUCGUACCACGUACACGCCAUGGAAUUCUUACGAACUGUGUGUGUGUGUGUGUGUGUGUGUGAACAUUUGCAUGUGAGGUUUUUUUUCAAUUUGGUCCUGAAAAACUUGUAUUUUUUAUUUUGUUGGUUUCGGGGUUUUUUUUUUUUAUAAAUCCAACUUCUCGGAAAGCUUGUGGAUGAAGCAGGAUGCUCGCUUGCCUUGAGGAAAUUUCCUCUUUCUGCUCAUUGCGCUGACAAAAAAAACACGUCAGUGCCUUCCUAUUAAAAAAAGAGAAAAGAAAAGAAAAGUGCAGCGCUCCGGUUGAUAGUGGACCGUACUGACCAGACUGAGGAGUAUUUCACACUAAAAGCCUUUCUUAACCUUUCUUUAAAGGGAAUAACAUUUCCUGUGUGCGAGACACACACACACACACACACACACACACACACACACAGUAUUAAAUACUGAAACAAACUGGACAUGUUAUUAAAGUGAUAUUUUUUAAAGAGAAAAAAAUAAAAACAAAUCAAAAGGGUUUUUUUCUUUUCAGUGACAUUGAUAUUGCCUUAAUUUGAAGGCAUGAAAUAAAAAAAAAAGAAAAAGAAAAGAAUAAGUGUACAGAAAGACAACAUCUACUGUGUUGGUAUGUUGUGUAAAAUAAAAUAAAAAAAAGAAACAGCUGUGUGUGUUUGUCAGUGGUGUUAUAAAGGUGUUAUAAACACAGAAAGAGGAAUAAAGCACAGAAUAAAUGGAGCAGGAACUCCUUUAUUUUCCUUUGUGAAAAACUUUCACUGUUCAUCAGCUGCUUGGUGACUUUAAAUAACGAACAUUUUUGGUAAAAAAAUUUUAAUUAAAUUGUC